AUGUUCCUCUUCGACCAAGAGACCAAGACCCCUGUCAGCACCUACACGGACUCCUACCGGCCCCCCAACUCCGUGAAAAAGACUUUCCGAGAGCCUCCGACGCUGCUAUGGAAAGAAAACAAGUUUGUGACCAAGGGAUUAGCGAUGCCGCCAGUGCAAAGCCCUGCGAGCCACGGUCAGCAGGAGAAGGCGCUGGAGGCCGCGGUGCGGGAGUACGCCUACAGGCCCGCCAUCGACCCCACCGCCUACCAGCCCCAGAAUUACAGGGUGACCAGGCGGGAAGAGAGGUACAACCCGUUUUUUGUCAAUGAGGACAGAUACGUCACCUGGCGAACAGCCCCCUACAACAGCACGGCCUGGAAUAAGUACACCACCUACCUCCCCCGCCUGCCCAGGGAGGUGACAAUGGAGCUGCUGCCGCACGGCGCGCCAGGGCCGUACCCCCCGAAGCCCCAGCCCCUCGCUCGCUGCGAGCCGCAGACACUCGCUGCCGCGCUUGCCAGGGCGCCGGGGCCCUCGCUGCAGCAUGCGGCCGCCGCCAGAAGCCCCUCGCAGGGCUACUACAGCCCCUGCACCGGGCGCCACUACUGCCUGCGUGGGAUGGACUACUACGCCGACGGGGGCCUGGCUGCCAGCCGGCACCGCCACGCGCUGCCGGAGAGGACUGUAAGGUGGGACACGAGCCACUUCAGGAAGGCUGGAGGAGUCCAGAGGGGCAGCUACACCGUCCACCCCGAGUUUGUGUCCGAGGCUUUUUACUCGCCCGCUCGGACAGGGGCUUGGCUCUGCCGGCUGAGCCACACAAGCGGGCAGCGGAGAGCAAAGCACCUCCCAGCCUGGGACACGCCGGAGGGAGCAUUUGGGCCAGGAGCUGCGGGGUCAACAUGGCGGGAUGUGGUCGUGGUCAACCAGCCGAUCAGACGUUUCAGUGAGUUUGAGGCAUCUCUCAACACCAGCUGA